GUGGCCAGAAAUUUAUUAAUACAGCAUUAAUUAAAAGCCUAUAAUUACUUUCCUGAGACAGGGUAGCAGUUUGUGUGUAGCCCACGUGCAUACAAUAUAAUAUAUGUCAAUCUAUCUCACUUUCUGACAAUGUAGUCAUGGGGUGGGGUGAACAAGCAGCGAGACAGUAGACAGCGCGGAAUGUGGAAGCAGUAACAAGAACAGCUCGCAUAGCAGUCGGUGGGCCGUCCGUUUCCGUCCACCGUUUUCAUCAGUUAAUCUCCAUUAUCCCACCUUAGCCUUUGCUCUCUGCUUUUUUUCUGUCGCCGGCUCGGAGAGAUGUCCGCCAGAUCUGGAUUUUACCAGCAGGAGCUCAACAAGACUGUGUGGGAGGUUCCGGAGCGGUACCAGAACCUGACGCCGGUGGGCUCUGGAGCCUACGGCUCGGUGUGUUCAGCGUAUGAUGUUGUCUUAAGACAGAAGGUUGCAGUGAAGAAACUGUCCCGGCCUUUUCAGUCUCUGAUCCACAGCCGCCGCUCAUACCGGGAACUCAGGCUGCUCAAGCAUAUGAAACAUGAGAAUGUUAUAGGGCUGCUAGAUGUCUUCACACCUGCUGCAACAUUAGAAGACUUCAAUGAACUCUACCUGGUGACUAACCUGAUGGGUGCAGACCUCAAUAACAUCGUUAAAUUUCAAAGGUUGUCAGAUGAACAUGUGCAAUUCUUAAUUUACCAGCUGCUCCGUGGCCUCAAGAUUCUUGACUUUGGAUUAGCCAGGCAGACAGACGAUGAGAUGACAGGGUAUGUGGCCACUCGCUGGUAUCGAGCACCGGAGAUCAUGCUGAACUGGAUGCACUACAAUCAGAAUGUUGAUAUCUGGUCUGUGGGAUGCAUUAUGGGAGAGCUGCUGAAGGGAAAAGUCCUUUUUCCUGGCACUGACUAUAUUGACCAGCUGAAGAGAAUCAUGGAGGUGGUUGGGACUCCGACACCUGAGCUGUUAAAAAAAAUCUGCUCUGAACAUGCACAGAAGUAUAUCCAGUCUCUGCCUUUCAUGCCCCAGCAGGACCUGGAAAAGAUAUUUAGAGGAGCAAAUCCACUAGCUGUUGAUCUACUGAAGCAUAUGCUGGUUCUGGACUGUGAUGGGAGGAUCUCAGCCAGUGAAGCUCUGUCCCACCCUUACUUCUCACAGUACCAUGAUCCAGAUGACGAGCCAGAAGCCCCUCCUUAUGAUCAAACCUUGGAGAGCAAAGACCAAACUCUAGAGGAAUGGAAAGAUUACUUUUACCAGAGAAGAGCUGUUAAAUAUUGGACAACUCACCCCUGAACUACCUUUCUCCAAUUUUUGUGAAUGAAGAAUGCUGUGUGGACAUUCUGAUCAGAGGAGCAGCUGCCAUAUACGGGAUCAGGAAGAAAUGCCGGUGGGGGAAAUGCUGGUGGGGGAAAUGCCGGUGGGGGAAAUGCCGGUAGGGGAAAUGCCGGUAGGGGAAAUGCUGGCGACGUAAACAAGCGAGCGCCUUAAUCAGGCUUAGCCAGAGAGGAACCUUAACUCCACUCCCAUUUAUCCACUUAGCAAAUCUCUGCUCCCUAGCCGACAUGAUGGAUGAAAUCCUUCUGGUCAUCAGGACUGACCCUGACUUUGCAUGCUCUGCUGCCUUAUGCUUCACAGAGACCUGGCUCAGUGACAAAUAUCAGGCUUCUGGGUGUUCAGAGUGGAUCGCGUAAUGGAGCUGUCCGGGAAAACGAGGGGAAUUGCAUUCUGUCUUUACAUAAAUGAAGGUUGGUGCACAGAUGUCACGGUGCUACAGAGGACAUGUAACACAGACUUAGAGACUCUUUUUAUCAACUUUUAUUCUCCCCAAGAAUUUUCAAGCUUCAUCCUGAUUGGUGUCUAUUUAAAACCGAACGCCCACGCCAGCGCACUACAGCCCCUGGCCGAUAACUAGUGUAGAACUGGAACAUCCCAACUCCCCACUCAUUGUUCUAGGGGACUUCAACAGAGCAAAUCUCACCCAAGAACUGCCCAAAU